AUGUUAUUUGGUGUUAUAAGAUUCAAUCAUAAUUAUCAAUUAGUAUAUAGUAGCAAUGGUCAACUACAACAACAACAUAAUCAAGAAUCAUUGUUGGUUGAAAUCUCCCCUAUCACAAUUCAUGAUCAAGCUUUAAUAGCUUUUAAAAAAAUGUAUCAAGUUAGAGUUGAGGCAGUUGCAAUUGUUAAUGAUGAAAUAUCAGUAGCUGAUUUAUGUGGUUUAAAUAGAGAUCAUUUGAAUGGUUUAAAGAAACCUGUCAUAAUGUUCCUUAAAUCAACCAAAGGUGCAUUAAUUAAACCAUUAACUUGUCACCAGAAAAUUACUUUGAGUCAGAUAUUAUGCAUAAUAAGACUCAUCAAGCUUGUGAUGUAG